AAAAAGUAAUCUAAGUACACCAAAAUCAUACAACAUUCCACCCAAACUUUAAUUGAAAUAUUUUGGUCCUUGCACCCACAGCAGUGGCUGCACUGGUACAUGGUAGAUUGGGGUAGGACAUUGAGUCUGGCAUUUCAGAGCAUCGGAGUGGUGUAUGGAGACGUCGGAACAUCUCCCCUCUACGUGUUUUCUAGCACUUUUCCUAACGGAAUCAACGAUAAUGAAUACAUUCUUGGCGCUCUCUCCCUCAUCAUCUACACCAUCAUCCUCUCGCCCUUCCUAAAGUAUGCACUUAUCGUCCUGAGAGCCAACGACAAUGGGGAAGGAGGAACGUUCGCCCUGUAUUCCUUGUUGAGCAGGUAUGUGAAUAUCAGCUUGAUUCCGAAUGAACAACCAGAGGAUACGGAGGUCUCCAACUACGGAUUGCCAUCAAAUCAGUUGAGACGGGCUUCCAUUAUAAAAAAGCUGCUCGAGAACAGCAUCAUUAUUCAAGUUUUGCUUUUCCUCGUCACCAUUCUCGGGACUUCUAUGGUGAUUGGAGAUGGGAUUAUUACCCCAAGCAUGUCAGUGGGUGGCAUCUCAAUCAGCAUAGAUGGUCAGGUUGGAAUUUCAGUAGCAAUUCUGCUCGUCCUUUUUCUUUGUCAGCGAUUUGGCACUGAUAAAGUUGGAUUUUCAUUUGCACCCAUUGUCUCUGUUUGGUUUGCCUUUAUAUCUGGUAUUGGUUUGUAUAACCUAUUCAAAUAUGAGGUUGGCGUGUUACGUGCUUUUAAUCCAUAUUACAUAGUCAAAUACUUCCAGAGAAAUGGCAAGACAGGAUGGAUUUCUCUUGGUGGAGUGGUCCUUUGUAUUACAGGAACGGAGGCCAUGUUUGCUGAUCUAGGUCACUUCAAUGUCCGAGCAAUUCAACUCAGCUUCUCCGGAGUUGUCUUGCCUUCAAUAGUAAUUGCAUAUAUAGGACAAGCUGCCUAUCUCACCAAAAACCCUGGCGAUGUUGGUAGUGCAUUUUACAAAUCAAUUCCAGGUCCACUGUACUGGCCACAAUUUAUAGUAGCUAAUUUGGCUGCUGUCAUUGCCAGCCAAGCUAUGAUAUCUGGAACAUUUUCAAUCAUAUCUCAGUCCCUAAGUCUUGGGUGUUUCCCAAAAGUGAAGGUAAUCCAUACCUCUGCUAAGUAUGAAGGGCAGGUUUAUAUACCUGAGGUCAACUACAUGCUUAUGAUUGCCUGCAUUAUAGUCACUGCUAUCUUCAAAACUACAGUUAAGAUUGGAAAUGCAUAUGGAAUUGCUGUUGUUGCCGUUAUGUUUAUAACAACGUGCAUGGUCACUCUCAUAAUGCUGGUUAUAAGGACGAUAAGCAUAUGGUGGAUUGCCCUCUUCUUUCUUAUUUUUGGGACAAUCGAAGCUAUCUAUUUCUCCUCUGUCUUGUAUAAGUUUGUACAAGGUGGCUACCUUCCGCUUGCCUUUGGCUUUGUUUUAAUGUCGAUUAUGGCAAUAUGGUAUUAUGUACACCAGAAAAGAUACUUGUUUGAACUCCAGCACAAGGUCUCAGGUGAAUUCUUUAGACAAUUGGCUCAAAAUCCUGCAGUAAACAGGGUGCCAGGAAUUGGGCUUUUCUACUCUGAGCUUGUGCAGGGGAUUCCUCCAAUUUUUCCUCAUUUCAUGACCCAAAUCCCCUCCAUUCAUUCAGUUCUAGUGUUUGUUUCAAUCAAGAAAAUUCCUGUUACAAAAGUUGCAUUGGAGGAGAGGUUUUUGUUCAAACAGGUGGAGCUAAGAGCAUACAAGAUGUUCCGCUGUGUGGUGAGGUAUGGCUAUAUGGAUGUGAUGGGGGGACCUGAGGAGUUUGAGCGGCAGUUAGUCGAACACUUGAAGGAAUUCAUCCGCCUUUCUGAUCAAGGUGUAGCGGUUGAACCAGAAAAUCCCCAGUACUCCACUUUCCCUGCCAUCCAAGGAGUUGAAGAGGAUAUGCAAUUUGUGCAGAAGGCAAAGGAAGAAGGAGUGGUCUAUCUUUUGGGAGAAGCUGAGGUUGUAGCUAGGGAAAAUUCUACAGUGUUCAAGAAGAUGGUUGUGAACAAUCUAUACAGUUUUCUCAGGAGAAACUUCAGGCAAGGAGAAACAGUAUUGGCAAUCCCACACGCCAGGGUUCUAAGGGUGGGAAUGAUAUGUGAAAUUUGAGAAGACCAUGCACAGAUACGUAUAGACAACCAUGUGAAAAUUGUUGUUUAAAUAAACAUGUCAGUGACUG